UUUAAUUUUGAUUUUACUUGACAUAAUAAACAACUAUUGUUUCGUGCAAUAUGCUGAGUCGAGCGUGCAAUUUUUUAAGUGUAAUAUAAAAUCCUCGGUUUUUGCAGUGUCAGAUACGCAUCCAUCAAUCGGAAGUAUCAAUCAUGAACUGAAGAAAAAUCUAGUUUGGACUAAAUCGCAUAAUUCUACGGAGCGUUAGCCAUUGCUGCAUUGGCGAUGGUACAUGUUUUCUUGUGUUCUGUAAUUUCCAGCAAAUGUGCGGGAUAUUGGUUCGCAUGGCCUUGUCAGGGAUGCGAAGUUUGUCAAAGUAUAUGAAAUGCACUUGAUGUGACAUAUUCUUAACGCUUUGCGGAUACGCCGAAGAGGUCUUGCAUCAAACGGAAAGUGGUUAGUCGGUGAUAGUAAAGUCCUCUGUUGUACAGAAUCGCAAAAUGGUUUUAAAUCGCAACGACAAGAGAAAGAAAAAGGAGGGAGACCUAGUGGAUCUUAUGGAACCGCUAUCGGAAUCGCCGAAAAGGACCAAAGUUCACGCGCAAAGAAAAUUUGCACAGGGUGCAUCUACAAUGUUUAAUGCAUCAUCUAUACCUGUUAAAGACAAAGAAAAAGUUAAACCAUCUCUGAUUAAAGAAUUAAUAACUCAUAAACGUCCGAAUACAGAAGAUUUUCUAACUUUUCUAUGUUUCAGAGGGACGUCCAUUUUGCCACCCAGUUUGAAUUUUUUCAACUACAGCAACACAAAAGAAAAACUGAAACUUAAAUCGGUAUCUCGGCCGGUUGAUAUUUCCACAGUCAAGGUACUUCAUCCUACUACUAGCACUGCUGUAGAAACUUCAAAACCAGAGAUGUGUCCGAAGAAUAUGACAAGAGUAAAGUCUAUUGUCUCGGAGAAAAAGAAGAUGCCUAGUACGAUACAUAAAAACAUCAGCAAACUAAAGACAGCAACAUCUACAGUUCAAGCACUUAAGAAAAAAUAUCAGGAGCAACGUCUUGCUAAACAAAGAAUAGAGAAUAAAUUAAAAGCUACUUGCGUUAUGAGGACGAGAUCAUGUACAGAGAGAUCUACGUUGGAUAGUGAGAUCAAAUCAGAGCAUGGAAAGUUCUUACCUCGAAUCGAAACCAAGAGACAUGGUUUGAGAAGUGGCUUAUUGCUAAACAAGGUGAACAAAUCUUUGUCGAAAGUGAAAGUCGCGCCAAUUAAACCAAAGAAGAAGGGUAUUUUGAAAUCGAAAGGUAGCGAUGCUUCAAAUAUCGAUGAGUUGUCCGAGAAGGAAGAUUGCGAGGAAGAGCACGAGGAGGCCGAAUCACAGUUGGAGAAGACGUCGCAAAUAAAACGCAAUAUACAAAAGAAUAUCGAGAAGAAGAUUUGCACUAGAAGCAAAUCCGAAAUGAGAAGAGUUACGAGAUCGUACACCGGCACAAUCCCCUCGAAAAAACUCUCGACAAGACCCACCAGAAAGACCAAGGAAGCGGCAGCUGUGUACAUGGAAAUUCUUGGGAGGAAAUUAGUGAGCCCAGAGUUGGAGAACGAUGAUAACGUCUCCGUUGAGAGCUUUCCCGAGCUACCGAAUGCUCGUAGAAUAACACAAACGGAAAACGAGAUCAAAGCUAAAGUGAAGCAAACAGUUGCGAAGACCGUCGGCAAAAGUAAGGAUUGUAAAGUCAGCUUCCUCAAUAACGAUAGUGGUAACAAGCGAUUGGAUAAAACUAAAACCAACAAACUGAUUCAACUGAAGAGUAAGCGUCUUAUAAGAAUGCAGAAAUAUUGCGAGGACACCGACGAGGAAUCCGAGAGUUCGAUAGAGAUGAACAACACGAGACCCAUCACCCGACAGAGUCUUGGAAAGCUCGACAAACCGAUCAGCAGAAGUCUUCGGUCAUCUUCGAGAAAUACAGUCAUACCGACGGAGGAGACGAGUAACGUGAGUAACAAACCGAAGACUCAAGUUCAAAGUUGUAUAAAAUCGGUCAGCGAGAAAUUGACGAUGAAACGCAAACGGGAUUCAAAUCCAUCGAAGCCAUCGUUGGAUAAGAUCAACGAAUCUAAGCCGAAGAGCUUGAAAAACGAUCAAAGUGAGAACGUAGAGUCGGAGGAGGAAACAUUAGGAAUGUUGCUUAGCAAAAUAAAGAAGAAGCGAGAGAGCAACGAGGAGAGAGAGCAGAGCCUCGAAGAUGUUAAUAAUGUGAAAAACGGCGAGACAAAAUGCAGAGAGGCGCAAAAUACGAAAGUAGAUAUGUCCAAGAUAUCGGACGACGAGGAGUCUUUCCGCGGAUUUACCAAGAAGGCAAUAUCGAAAGUUUUGGAUUCAUGUCAGACGCACGCCAAUGCGAAUCUGCUAGUCGAUGAGAAACUCAAUUACGUCAAGAUGUUGGAUAUCGUACCGGUCGACAAAUUGGUGAAUCAAAGCGUGAGUUUACAUAAGCAUAAGGAAGAAACGUUGCCGGUCGAAGCCAGCACUUCAGUCGCGAACUUGUCGUCGAAUGACGAGUGUAACAUUAUGCAUGUACAGCAGCAGCAGCAGCAGCAGCAACAGCAGCAGCAGCAGCAGCAACAGCAGCAGCAGCAGCAACAGCAGCAGCAACAGCAGCAGCAGCAGCAGCAGCAGUCGCUACCGGCAAAAGUGUCGGAUCCGUCCCAUAAGAUACAGGACUUGCCAUCAUCUGCGGAACAAACGAGCAAGCAGUGCAAUCACGAGGACGACGGGGUUUCUCCUAAUCUCAUAAAUAUGCCGUUAUCGACGCUGCACACGAGGAAAGAACGAGUGAAUAUGUCGACCGAGCGGAUAGAAAAGUGGUUGAACGAGAGCUCGCUCGUCAAGGAGGAAAGUAAGCUGGAGAUGGAGAAUGUUUCUGCUUUCAGGUACGAUUCCACCGAGAAAUUGAAAACUGACGUCUCGCAUCUCUCUAUCCCGACGAAAAUUCAGCACUUGGUACGACCCGUAAACGUCACGCUUUCCAAAUUGGUGGAUAAAGGGAGUCUGAAAGAUCGCUUGAAAACGCUCAACAAAAAUGUGAUACCGCCGAAGACCGAGACGCAAACCGUCCAGACCAUACCGUCAAUUGCCAGUACCAGCAAAGAUAAGACCAAUAGUGACUCGAUGGAAGUCGGUAAGAGCAAAAGUGAAAAAGCGACUAAGGACAUCUCUCCCGUUGAGAACAGUGAUUCCGUGCCGAAGUCGGAUCAAAGCUCGGACGGUCUCUCAGAGAAGAGGAUAAUGACGGAGAAGAAAAUAUUCCAACCGCGCAAACCAUUUUUGCCGAAGGUUAAAGAACGCAAGACCGUGACUCCAAAUGCGAACGCAUUCUCACCGGAAAACGAGAGUAGCGUCUACGCGUUCGAGAGCGACACUGAAGUGCCUGUUAGCACGCCCUUCAGGAGGAAAGUUAAAGACUCUGCAAAGUCGAUUGCAGAGCCGAUCGCGAAGCCAGCUGAGAAUCCGAUCGCGAAGUUAACUACGAAACCGGUCAUAAGAUCGAUUGUGACCUUGAAUUCAAAGCCGACCGCGGUGGUGCCCGCAGUGAUGCCUGCAGUGACAACAUCCGCGGCAGAGACCACGAUACCAUUGGCGACAGCGUCUACGGCAGCAUCUGCGGCUGCAGAAUCCACGACAGUAUCAUCCACAGUAGUAACAUCGACGAAAACAUCCACGGUAGCACCUACAGUAACAUCCUUGGUAACUCCUGCGACGAUGCCCGUGGUAGCGUCCACGUCCAAGACUAAAGACUCCGAAGUAUACAACCCGAUUGUUAGAGAAAGUCUAAACAUGCCAAGUAGCAGCGAGAAGUCGACGAACACUACUAUGCAUGACGCGUCCGCGAUGAAAGAUCAGGAGAUUAUAGCUGAGCCGAUAACUGUAGCGAACCCUCUGAACUUGAGCAAGUUCAACCUUGGUUUGUCCAACAUUCAGGUGUUACCGCUCAAUAAGCUGGCGAACAACUGGAACAAUGAGAACUGCAGCGCUUCCAUUGCGGUGCAGGUGAAUUUCAACGAGAGCGCACAAGCACAAGCACAAGUACAAGUAAAAGAACAAGCACAAGAAUGGCGAGCUAGGAACGACGAGCGGACGAACGACACGAGUCAGCAAAAGAGCACCGAGAUAUCCACGCAAACAGAAACCGUUAAUAACGUUGAUGACGAGCAGUUGUUCUACAUCCCAUUGCAGGCUAUCACGAGGUCCGGCCCGAACUUGCAGGGACGACAAGUGAUACAAGGUGUGGCUGUUAAGCUCGGCACAGAGGGACGUGCCGGUCCUAACCAGAGGGUGCUCCUUCGAGCUAAAUUAGUCACCAAGUCGCCGCUGUCCAUGGCGCGUCAUCCGACGCCAGUAGGGACGGUACAGCCGACAACACGUGCACCACCCGGCUUCUCGACAAUUGGACAGCCGUCGACAUCGACUUCGCCGAUGAAGGUAGCGGCCACGCCGAUUUCCAUGCUUACGUCGGUCACGGCAGCAACUACGCCGACUACUGUAGUGGCAAGUACUCCGAGAAAAGAGGUGAAACCGGCGUUGCCAGUGAAAAGUGACGAUCCGGUGUCGACUCGUCUGAAUAGCAGUGCGAGCAGUAAUUUAGAAAAAGCCAGAAAGUCUCUGAAAUCAUCCACCAGGGAGAGAAAACCUCCCAUAGAUUGGUCGAGAAGCGCGAGAAGGUCGCAAGUGAAAUGCAAACAGAAAGCAUCCGAGUCGUCUUCUGCGAGCAAUAACACGACAUUCUCGAACGCGAAUGAUGAAGCGAGACAUGUAGUCGAAGCGCCGACGUUUCGUCCAACAGAGAAGGAUUUCCAAGAUCCUCUAGAAUAUAUAGACAAAAUAAGACCGACUGCCGAGAAAUAUGGAAUAUGUAAAGUCGUGCCUCCGGCGAAUUUUAAACCAGAAUGCAAGGUAUCUGACGACAUGAGAUUCACCGCUUACAAUCAGUAUGUACAUCGCAUGCUUCACAGAUGGGGUCCUAAUGUGAAAGAACUGAUGGCUAUCAAGAAGUAUUUAGCGACUCAAAGUAUCACCUUGUCUCAUCCACCAUGGAUCGGUGGAAUGGAAGUCGAUUUACCUCACCUGUAUCAAACAGUCCAAAGUUUGGGUGGACUGAAAGAAGUCAUUGAAAAAAAGAAGUGGCAAAAGGUGGCAGAUGGUAUGAAGAUACCCAAAUCUGCCCAAGAUCGUGUCACGAAACUAGAUGAUAUUUAUUGUAAAUAUCUGUUACCAUACGACACAUUAUCUCCAGAGGAACGCGAGAAAUUAUUCGACGAAGUUGAACAAGAAUGGAGAAAGAAAGAGAGUAAAGCCUUGGAAAGACAAGAGACAUCGUCUGUAGAUAAUGAUGAUGAAGAGGAAGAUGACAGUUCUGACGAAAUUGAGGAAUGCAUCGUAAAAGGGAGAAACAUGCCGUUGAACGCCUUUUACCGAAUCGCCCGCAAUACGCAACGUAUGUGGUUCGGUGAAAAUCAACGAGGUAGCAACGAAAUUGAAGGUGCCUCUGCGGAUGAAGUGGAAAACGCAUUUUGGAAACAUGUUGCCGAAAGAAAACGACAUGUGUGUGUACACGCAGCGAGUAUCGAUUCGAGCGGACGUGGUUUUGGCUUCCCUGUUGUUAAAAACAGCCCAUUCGCUAGACACCCGUGGAAUCUCAAAGUACUCACUAACAAUGCUGGAUCGGUAUUGAGAGCUUUGGGUCCAUUGAUGGGUGUAACUGUGCCAACGUUGCACGUAGGUAUGUUAUUUAGCGCUUGUUGCUGGUAUCGCGAUCCUCACGGUUUACCAUGGAUAGAGUAUCUACAUACGGGCGCAAAAAAGAUCUGGUACGGAAUACCGGAUGAACACAACAACAGUUUCCGAGAGGCCCUCUCGAAAAUGGUGCCACAAUAUUGUAAAAAUAAAACCAUAUGGUUACCAUCUGAUACUGCUAUGGUGCCGCCGAAAUUAUUAGUAGACAACGGUGUAUCGUUAUGUCAAAUCGUGCAGGAACCAGGUCAAUUUAUAAUCGUAUUUCCGAAAGCAUUCACAUCGAGUAUAUGUACUGGUUACGUGGUAUCUGAAAGUGUGUAUUUCGCACAACCAUCCUGGUUAGAAACCGCCGAGCAAGUGUUCAAGGAUAUACAAGACAGCUGUGAACCAUCUAUCUUUUCAUUUGAAAGAUUGUUAUUUAAUAUUAUUAAUGAUGCGAGAUCUCAGAUAGAUAUAUUGAACCAGAUAUUACCAAGUGUGAUAAAGAUUCGUAAGAAGGAAUUAGAUAAUCGUAAACAACUAGAAAACCUGGGCCUUAACAAGAAAGAAAGAGUGCCUGUACCAGGUAGCAAAAAAGGAAAUAAAGGGAGAAAAGUGAAAGAGGAUGACGGUGAUCAUGAAUGCGAAACGUGUAGAGCCAAUUUAUUUGUUUCGAUGGUGACCAAUUCGCAAGAUGACAGUUUUUAUUGCUUACCGCACGCCUUGCAAUUGCUCAGUCGUAAAAAGCAACUUUUGAAGCAUUGCACUUUAUUGUAUACAUACGAUGAAGAUGAAUUGAACGAAUUGAUUGAAAAACUGGAGCACAGGAUCGAAACCAAAUCGAAAAAGACUAAUCAAAUCAAACAAACCAAGUAAAAAAUAGAUAAAUCUGUUAUCUUAUUUAUUUAUAAUGAAUAUAAUAUCGUUAUAGUAAUAAUAUAUUUAUAAUAAUAUAUAGUUA